GAAGUUAUUGUGGCCGCGCGAGUCAGUCGAGUUUAGCCCGCGUCCGAGCUCGGUUGUCGAUACGAACAGACCAACAGGUGACACUUGUCAGCAAAACUAACACACACCGGUUCACCGGUGUUUUGUAUUGUAUCGCCAGUAAUACACACGACGUCUCAAUGAGUGGAGACGGGGAGAGUAAGAUCUCAACAACCUACCACAUGAGGAAUAACUCCAAGCAAUCCUUUUGGAUGCUGAGGACGAAACUGGAAAAGCGGCUGAUUCUUGCCGUUGCUGUUGCCACUGUCCUUGCCGUGGCCUUCCUGGCUGCCUUCAUCACCACCGCGCUGCUAAAGAGAGCCACCAAUGUUAACGAUGCACCACAGACCAGCGAACUUAGAGUGCCAGAGCAGCUCUCGCCGGCCAUUAUAUCUAAGGAAGAUCAACCGGCAGUCUGCAAAGACCCUGACUGUGUUCACACAGCUUCAAAACUGCUCAUGAACAUAGAUGAGAAAACGGAGCCAUGUGAUGAUUUCUACAAUUUCGCGUGUGGUGCCUUCGUGAAGAAUACUAGGAUACCUGAUGAUAAGACAUCGGUCAACACGUUCUCCAUCAUAACCGACCAGCUCCAAGAGCAGAUCAGAAGUCUUCUAGACGAGCCGAUAGCCGAAAACGAACCCAGGCCAUUUGCACUUGCCAAGACAUUGUACCAGGCUUGCAUGAAUAGGACUGCUAUUGAAGCCCGUGGGGUUCAGCCACUUCUGCAAAUGCUGCGUCGGCUCGGCGGCUGGCCAGUCCUCGAUGGAAACAACUGGGACGAACGCUCCUUCUCCUGGGAGGAGUCUGUUUACCGUUUCAGACAUGCUGGUUAUUCUGUCGACUACUUCUUAGACUUCUCUAUCAGCGUUGAUGUGAAGAACUCUACUAAAAGGAUAAUAGACCUCGACCAGGCUUCCUUGGGUCUCAGUCGCGAGUACCUCAACCGGGGCUUCACGGACAAGCUGGUGCAGGCAUACUACGAAUACAUGGUGGAUAUCGCGAUUUUACUCGGAGCGGAUCGCGCCAGAGCCGAAGUCGAGCUUAAGGAUUCUUUACAAUUUGAGAUGAAGCUGGCUAAUAUAUCACUCCCGUUGGAGAAACGCCGGAACGCCACGAGUUUGUAUAACCCAAUGACGAUUGCUGAACUUCAAAACAAAUUUCCCAAGAUCCCAUGGUUACAGUAUGUCAACCGUCUCCUAGCUCCUCAUGUCCAAGUCAGCCUGGAUGAAAUCACUAUUGUCAAUGUACCUAAGUACCUCAGCGACUUAGAAGGUCUUCUGGAAAUAACCCCCAAGCGUGUGCAAGCUAACUACGUGAUGUGGCGAGUUGCUGGCGCGUCUGUAUCGUACCUCACCGAGGAGCUGCGCAGAAGACAACUGGCGUACGUGACGGCCCUCUCCGGUAAGACAGAGAGAGAGAGCAGGUGGAAAGAGUGCGCAGAUACAACAAGCGCCAGUAUGUCAAUAGCAGUGGGCGCUCUCUAUAUAAGAAAAUACUUUGACGAAAAGUCCAAGGCCAAAGCACUGGAAAUGGUUGACGACAUAAGACAGCAGUUCAGCAAGACAUUAUCGGAAGUUGAUUGGAUGGACAGCAUGACACGUCAGGCUGCACUCGACAAGGCUCAAGCCAUGGCUUCUCACAUCGCUUACCCCAACGAGAUGAUGGAUAACAAUAAACUGACUGAAUUCUACUCCGGCCUUGAGAUGUCUUCUGACAAGUUGAUGGAGUCUGUAUUGAACCUGACUCUCUUUGGAACGGAGUAUCUGUUCAGCAAACUUCGAGAGCCGGUCAACAAGACCGACUGGCUGGGACAUGGAAGACCCGCUGUGGUCAACGCCUUCUACUCUUCCAUCGAAAACAGCAUCCAAUUCCCUGCCGGUAUUCUUCAAGGAACAUUCUUCUCGGCCAAGCGACCAGCGUACAUGAACUACGGUGCAAUUGGCUUCGUUAUUGGACAUGAAAUUACUCAUGGAUUUGAUGACCAGGGGCGUCAGUUUGAUAAGAAUGGAAAUUUAGUGGAUUGGUGGCAAGAAUCGACUAAGCAGAAAUACUUGGAGAAAGCGAAGUGCAUCAUUGAUCAGUAUUCCAACUACACGGUCAAGGAAGUUGGCAUGAAGUUGAAUGGAGUGAACACUCAGGGGGAGAACAUUGCUGAUAACGGCGGUAUAAAGGAGGCCUACUACGCUUACCAAGCCUGGACCAAGCGCCAUGGAGAAGAGCCACGACUGCCCGGACUUGAGAAUUUCUCGCCACGACAGAUGUUCUGGCUUAGCGCAGCAAGCACCUGGUGCUCGGUCUACCGUAACGAGGCUAUCAAACUACGGAUCACUACUGGAUUCCACGCGCCCGGCCGCUUCAGGGUUCUGGGCCCUCUAUCCAACAUGGACGAAUUUGCAACCGACUUCAACUGUCCCCCCGGAUCUCCCAUGAACCCCCACAAGAAAUGCAAGGUCUGGUAGAUUGUUAACGCCGUAUCUAAUAAAAAUUGCCGACAUGUUUGUUUUUAAAUUCCUGAAUAUUUAACUGUUAUAAUUAAGUAUUAUUAUUAACUCUGUUAUAAUAUUGAUGCAUUAUGUAGCCAAAAAUAACCAAAAAAUGGGUUAAGCGUAACGUACUGACAUACUAAAGCGACAUGAUGAAAACGAUAGGAAAAUAGAAGCUAGUUGCGUUUCUCAUUAGCGCGUAAUAGUAACACAUGUUACCUAUUGUCAAAAUGUAUCCCAAAUAGAACGCUUUCAAUACAUUGCGUGUAUUGUGCUCGGCCUUAUAACAUUAUAAGGCCGAGCAUACACUAGGGCCGAGAAUGCAUAUUUAUCAUCAUUUAUUUAAAUUAAAAUUCAUUACAUUCAAGUAAUUCAAUAUUAUUGUAAUGCAUGCAUCUUAAUUAUAACUCUUGGUUAAUAUUGCGAACCUAUCGUAUUUUAAUGAGUAGGAAAACGAGAAAUAAUAUCGAAAACUAUUGUAAACGUCUAUCCAUAGUUGAUUUUUUUCAGAAAAACAUAUUAAACCAUGACACAAUAAAAUCGCAAUGAACAAAGGAAACAAACGAAUAAAUACUAUUACUAUAUUGUUUUAAUGUUGUUAAGAAUUAAUUAGUUACUUAGUAACUUAUUUAACAUUUUAAAAAGGGCCUACUUUCAAAUAAUACUGAAAUAAUACUGUUAGUUUUUCUCUGCUUAUAUGGUCUACAAAGUCUGAUUUAUUGAAUAGAUAUAUUAUUUUUAAUAUUAUGUUGUCGUAUCACGACUUAAACAAUGCUGGGUAGAUAAACACACGACAGCUUUCCUACUUCAAUAAUUUAAAUUAAGAAUAAGUUUGGACUUCUACUGUACUCUCCAAACUUUACAUGGUUUUUUUAUGACGAUUCGAAAAAGCUUUAUAGUGUGGGCCCCUACGUAAAGUGCUUUUAGGCGGUUUGCGCACUUUCUAUAUCUUUGUUCAAAUGUUAUUAGGAUUACAGGGCUAAGUACAAUAUGGUUAAGCCACGCCCAUGUCAUUUCAAUCUUUCAAAUAUAAUAUGCCCUUCAAUUUUAAUGGUGAGAUUGUAGACUGUCAUAGAAAACUGACGAUAAUUUUCGUAACACUCGUUACCUUUGUGAAGUUUGCUCUUAAUUGGCAUGUAUGUCGAUAUAAUAUAUAUUUUAAAAAUAAAAUGAUAAUUUUAUGUGAAAUUCAAAGUAAUAUGUAAGUAUGUACGGUCAAUAAAAGCUAUGUAUGGUUUUGUUUGCUUACGCUUACUUUUUACUAAUUUGUAAACUACAGUAAAACUUUUAAGUUAUUAAUUAUUUUUAUAUAUUCUCAAUAUGUAUCCAUACCGACAUGCAGUUACAGUGGUCUUCACGAAACGAGCAUAAAUUUCGUCAUAUUUCUGUCACCAGUCAAAUGUAACUUAAAUUUAAGAAAUAUAUUUAAACAUAAUUUUAAAUUCAUGUUUUUAAAUAAAGUAAGAAUAUUAGUGGAGAUGAUAGAUAUCGACUGUUUAAUAAUAUUUAAUGUUUAAAUUGUAGAAAAUAUAUGACACUGAUAAAGGAACUAUCAACACCCAGUAUCUACAGUUUAAACUUUGUACUGCUAGCUUUCCAAGGCUUUUUUGAUUUGAAGUUUGUAGCGAAGCAUAUAUUAUAAAUUUUUGCCGAACAAAAAAUUAUAUCUUCAUAAUUAUUAGUAAGCAAUUCAUAAAUCUUAUAAUUUAUUUAGUGAUUAAACUUAAAUUAUUAUCUCAAUACUUAUUAUUUAUCGGGCCGCAUUUACAAAUUAAUUAUCACCUGGUAAACGGCAGUUGAACAAGAUAAAAACGCAGACGAGAUAAUAAUUGUAUAUCGAAUCAAAAACUUACUCGUAUAAUAACAUAUGUUCGGAUUGUUUUGAUAUAAUAGUAUGUAUUAUAUUAUUUUGUAGGAUAUUAAUUGUUAAGAAUAAUGUUAUCAAUAUUAUUUCAAUGUAGCUUAUUUGUUGUAUUAAUACCUAUCGUCGAAUCGUUACUUUUUCGAUUCGAUUAAUUUUCAUCAUCUUAAUUAAUAAAAUAUAUGACAAAUCUUU